GUGAGAGAGUGUGGGUGAGACAGAAAAAAAUGUCAAGAGAUCAUCUCAAAAUUCAGUGAAACGUGAAAAGGUUUGGGAGAUACUGUUGGAUUGGUGAACUCUACUCUUUCAGCCUGACAACACUUGCGACCAUCCAUCACCCUUUGUGUGGGUGGGAGAACGUCUCUGGGCCUGGGCCCUGCUGGAUGGAGAUUUGCUAGAGUGGCUGGUGCAGGUCGAGGUGCAGCUAUGGCAGUGGCGUUGGAUGCGGUAUGGGUGCGGGUGAAGGGGGUGUGCAAACAGAACGGUCUGCUGAUCCUCUCAGUGAUGGCCGUUGUCAUCGGGUGCCUGCUGGGGUUCUUCCUGCGCACCAAGCAGCUCUCCGAACAGGAAGUGAAGUACUUCCAGUUCCCGGGAGAGCUCCUGAUGAGAAUGCUGAAGAUGCUGAUUCUGCCCCUCGUGGUUUCCAGUCUAAUGUCGGGCUUGGCCGCCCUGGAGCCGAAAUGCUCCAGCAGGCUGGGGCUGAUCACUGUCUCCUACUACCUGUGGACCACCUUCCUAGCUGUGGUGGUGGGCAUUGUCAUGGUGCUGAUCAUCCACCCGGGCGGGAUGGCCCAGAAAGAGGACAACGAGGACAGCAGCAAGACCGUCAUGAGCUCCGCUGAUGCCCUGCUUGACCUCAUUAGAAACAUGUUUCCUGCCAAUUUGGUUCAAGCUACGUUUCAGCAGUACCGCACCAAUAGCGUCCCCAUCAUGAAGACACCCAAGACGACGGUCAGCAGCCUGACGGAGACCACCACACGCCGGCCACUCAUCUACGACGUGCAGGACGACAACGGCUCUGACGUCCAGAACUUCCAGUUAGACCUCACGCCUCCGCCAGACGUGGUGUUCCGCACUCUGCCUGGAACUAGUGAGGGCAUGAACGUCCUGGGCAUCGUCAUCUUCUCCGCAACCAUGGGCAUCAUGCUGGGUCGAAUGGGGCCUAAUGGCAGUGCGCUUGUCAACUUCUGCCAGAGCCUGAAUGAAGCUGUGCUGAAAAUAGUGGCCAUCGUCAUCUGGUACUUCCCUUUCGGAAUUGUGUUCCUGGUUGCAGGAAAGAUCCUGGAAAUGAGCGACCCAUCAGACAUGGGAAAGAAGCUGGGCUUUUACGCCAUCACCGUGGUAAUGGGCCUUAUUCUCCAUGGCCUGUUCAUCCUGCCCAGCAUGUACUUCUUCAUCACCAAGAAGAGUCCCAUCGUCUACAUCAGGGGAAUCCUACAGGCCCUGCUCAUCUCUCUGGCAACCUCUUCAAGUUCUGCUACGCUGCCUAUCACCUUUAAGUGCCUGCUGGAGAACAACCACAUCGACCGCCGCAUCAUCCGCUUCGUGCUGCCCGUGGGAGCCACCAUUAACAUGGACGGUACAGCGCUCUACGAGGCUGUAGCAGCCAUCUUCAUCGCUCAGGUCAACAACUACGAGCUGGACUUCGGCCAGAUCAUUACCAUCAGUAUCACAGCAACGGCAGCCAGCAUCGGUGCUGCUGGGAUUCCACAGGCUGGUCUGGUUACCAUGGUGAUAGUUCUGACAUCUGUAGGCCUGCCCACCGACGACAUCACGCUCAUCAUCGCUGUGGACUGGGCCUUGGACAGGUUUCGCACGAUGGUGAACGUGAUGGGAGAUGCCCUCGCUACAGGAAUCAUGGCACAUAUCUGCAGAAAGGACUUCAUGCAGGAAGGAGAUGGGGUUCCUCUAAUCUGCGAGACCAAACCUCUCAACGUCCAGCAGCUGAUGAACUGUCAGCAGAACAACGGCAACUUCCAGCCUCUUCCACCAGGAGGCAAACCCGAGCACAUCCCCCCAGACGUGGCCCGCCUCAUGCAGCUGGAGGAGGGAGUGCGACCUCCUCCUCCAGAGCGCAAGAAACCCCCCAUUCCUCCUCGGCACCUCAAGCACAAAGACAAGGACCACUGCGCCAUCGACAUGAACGGCCUGGAGACCAACGUAUAGCGGCCAUCCACGGGCGAGAUAUAGCAUGCUGGUCUUUUCUCAUCAUUUGCUUGACUUGUUUGAUCUUAAUUCGUCUCGUUUCUGCGCUCUUCUACGAUUUCUACUGACUGAACCACCAUGGGUCACCUCCCUGGUCUGGAAAGAGACGAUCUCGCUCAGCUUGUCUGACCACUGACCCUUAAAGGACGAAUCAAACCGAGACAAGGCCUUCUGGCUGGAAUGAGCAGAGACACUUGGGUUUUGCCAGGUUCCUGGAACACACUGCAUCGUUUCCAAGACCCUGAAAGGAAGGAAACUGUAAAGCCUGAAAGCCUGAAAGCUGAGGAGGAGGUUUUUAAAUCCCAGUCUGGGAGCCUGAACUUCUUCAGUCCUUUAGUGUGGACUGGCCAAACAAUGUGAUAUAUAUUUCAAGUGUAAAUAUUAAUUAUUAAUCUAUGUACUCUUGCAUUUGUUUUGUUUUCUCUCAUUUUUCAGUUUUUAUAUAACGUAUGUACGAUUGAUUUGUGUCCUUCUGAGCAUUACAUGGGAAAACAAUUCUAUAUAUUAUAUAUUUAUCCCAUUUCUCUCGACACAACGGAAAGCAACAAACAAAAGGAAUUUGACUUCAGCUUUAUACUGUAUACUGAUAUUUCAUUAAACAUAGCACACUAUACAUUUGAAGGCUACAUACCUAUAUAGGGAUUUCAUAACACAUUAACACGUUAAAUAAGUGUUAAAUGACUGAAAUAGGUCCUCAAACUAAAGUUAAUGGCAUUUAGUUUCAUGUAUACAAUUAAAAUUUAUUAGAUUUUUUUCAAACAUAACAAAACUAUUUUGAGUUGGCUGAACAUUUUAUGCCAAAUGUUUAUUCAAAUGAAUCAUGAAACCUUCUGCUAUACAAUAAACUUGUAGUUCAUAAAUAAUGAUUAUGAUAAUGAACUGUCUGGCCUGUCUAUGUUGUAGGCUGUAAGAGCAAGCAUCAUUUUCUAAGCUACUAUGAUGCUUAGAUGCUUAACUCUAUAGCAUUAUAUUUCUAUAUUUUACUUAAAUCAAGUAAAAAAGAAGAAGUUCAAAGUAGAACUAUUGUGCAAAGCAAUUGAUAUAACAAUAAAAAACAUCAGUGAAGUUAAAGUUUAGGAAUAUCUCAUUGGGCUCUAUUGUACACCCUGCACAAUGGGCGUUGUGAUGCUCGUUAAAAUAACGCUAAAAAGUUUAAAAAGACAGCAUCUGAGUUAUUUUAGAACUGGAAUAUAUCUGCGCUGAUGGGUGUGGUGGUGUGGAAGUGAGGUGUGUUCAGGUACAUUUCUGCCGUGUUUCUAUCUUGGCAGCAAAAAAAACAAAAAAAACAAAGCGCCACUCUGCGCCACUGACCGAUUUAAACCCUGACAACACUCAACAGUCACCCGUCCAUAUCUAUCUUUCUCGCUUCGCAAGUGCGCCGUGCACUCUCCAGCUUUUACGUCAACAAUAAACAAAAUAAAAUAACAUUACUGUUCACAGCAUGCACAAGCAGGUCAGUAUCCUCUGCUAUCCUUUGCUGCGCAAAAGCACAGCGAUGUUAAGAUGCAAAUGCGCCAAAGUCAGAGGGCAGCUGCCUUUUAAAGGGAAUGACAACUGGCACACUGAUUGGUUUAUUUCACGUAACGCACCCAAAAUACACCAAUGAUUAGAGAAUUAGUACAUGCUUUUUGUGCGUUUUGAGCUGCGCAAGUCAUAUUUUUUGUGCCCUCACGAUACCAAAGACACUGACAUGCCCCUAAAUCCAGUGUCGUCUCGCAUUUAGGUCCAACAUAGGACCCAUUGUCUUCAUGCUUAAUUCAACUCAAGUUGUCAGUAAUAACAAAAAACUUUACUGACUUACUGAAAAGACUUACUGUGUACAACUUAAAUAACUUAUUAAAUAACAUAGUUUAACUUUUUUUUAACUCAAAAAUAGAUUUAAACAAUUGUUAUAAGAUGUUGUAAUAAGUUAUCUGAUACAUAACAGUUAUAAAUACAGUUAUGUAGUGUAAUUAUUUUCAUAACAGUGUUACAUUAUAAUUUGAACCUAUAUAUCGUCACUUUAGUUGAUAAUAUCAAUGAAGGGCAAUAUACCUCUGUUAUAACAAUUGAUAUUAACCUACAUAAACUUUUAUAAAUGGUUGUUCUAACAAUUGUCACUUGUCUUAAGUUUUACCUCAGAAAAUGUAGAUAUGAAUAAAUGCACAGUACCAGUCAAAAGUUUGGAAACACAUUUACAUCUGCAUUGUAGAUUAAUAUACUAAAGUCAUUCAAUCUAUGAAUAAAAGCAUAUAGAACUAUUAAGCAAACAUAAAAAGUGUUAAACAAACCAGAAUAUGUUUUAUAUUUUGUCAAAGGUGUGUCAAAGCUUUUGACAUUUGUACUGUUCGUUGACAUCAGGUCAUGUGAAGGGUUUAUAUGGGUGCAUUAAGUCUUAUGAACACUCCUUUCAAUAAACAUUUUAACCUAA